AGUAGAAGAUUUGGCUCGAGCACUGAGUGCAAGCGCAAGCUUGGACAUCCGCAUGGGGGUCCCCAACACUGACCGUGAACGCAGUCCCCGCCGGCAGACCGAUGAGAAGAUCAUCGAUGGCCGUCGUAUUGCCGCUGCGUUGUGUCAUGAUGUGAAGACUGCGGCCCGGGAGCUACAGAGCAAAUAUGGCGUGACUCCCGGGCUGGCCAUCAUUGAGGUGGGAAAUCACAACUAUGGACAGCUCUUGGAUUUCAGUGGCUUGGAGCCUGAUGGUCCUGAGAAGUUGGAUGAGCACAAGGUGAACCUGUCAAACUAUGCAGAGCUUAAAGCCAGGAUGGCGGAACGCUGUGGCAUGCACGUGCAGAUCCUGCGCUUUAGCGAGACAGUGACCCAAGCUCGGCUUAUUCGCAUCAUCCAGGGUCUCAUGGAGGACGAGAGCAUCCAUGGCAUUCUGGUAGAAUUACCUUUGCCACAACAUUUGAAUGAGAUGGAGAUCCUGCAAGCCAUCGGCCCCUCGAAGGAUGUGGAUGGCUUGGCCUUUGCAAACCUUGGACGUUUGAUGAUCGGCGGUGGCUACAAAUCCGGCGCUGAGCCCAGCAGCCGGCCGACCGUCCCCAUGGGUGUCAUGGAGUUGCUUUUGCGAUCCAAGGUGGACUUACCUGGCAAACACGCUGUGGUGCUGGGCCGUUCCAGUACGGUGGGUGCACCGAUCGCUGCACUACUCACGGCACACGACUGUACAGUCACCACGUGCCACAGCCAAAGUGUGAAGGUCGAGGAACACAUUGCCCGCGCUGACAUUCUCGUUUCUUGCGCCGGGCGGCCGGGAUUUGUGAGGGGUGCCUGGCUCAAACCGGGGGCAGUAAUCAUUGAUGUUGGAAUGAACGUAGUGCCAGAGGGAGGCAAAGGACGCAUCGUGGGGGAUGUUUGCUUCGAGGAAGCCGUGCGCGUCGCCUCUAAGAUCACGCCAGUGCCGGGUGGGAUGGGUCACAUUUCCUUCGCCAUUCUUCUCCGGAACGUCUUGAACUUGGCACGUAGCGCGGCACAGCUCACGCGCAUUGGCAUUGGUCCCACGGGCCAUGAAAUGUUCCGCUGUGCGGACCACUUGCGCUUCCCGGAUUUGGGCUUGAAGGUUCCGCGGGUUCUGCUCCCACGGCAAGGCUUGGACUUCACCAAGUGGUGUGUCAUCGCUUGUGAUCAAUACACUUCCCAGCCUGAGUACUGGAAAGCAGUCAAGGACAUCGUGAAGGAUGCGCCGUCCACAUUGAAUCUGAUCUUUCCGGAAGUGUAUUUGGGGGAUGCCAAAGGGAACCAGCAAAUCAUCAGAGGCAUCAGGGACAAGAUGUACGAGUAUGACCGAGAUCGGAUUCUUGAACCACAGCACCCGGGCUUCGUACUGAUUGAUCGAAAAACGCCGCAUGUGUCAAGCAGGAAGGGACUCCUGGUCGCCCUUGACCUUGACAUGUACAGCUUUGAGAAGGGCUCUCAAAGUUUGAUCCGUCCAACCGAGAAGACAAUCCCUGAGCGCCUUCCGCCUCGCAUCGCAAUCAGGGAGCAGUCUCCGUUGGAGUUGCCACACAUUUUAGUGCUGAUUGAUGAUCCUUCGAAAACAGUGAUUGAGCCGUUGAUGGCUCGGGCGGACACCUUUCCAAAGCUUUAUGACUUCGAUUUGAUGAAGGGAAGUGGACAUCUUCGAGGCUGGCAUGUCGCAGAGAGUGCCGCAGUGGAAGGCGUCGUAGCAGCACUCCGGUCAUUGGCCUCACCGGAGAACUUCCGACGGAGGUAUGAGGCUGCAGAGAACCAGGGGGUGAUCCUUUUUCCCGUCGGUGAUGGGAACCACUCCUUAGCCACAGCGAAGCAAUGCUGGGAAAACCUGAAGCGAAAAGGCGCAGAUCCAGAGACUCACCCGGCACGCCAUGCCUUGGUCGAGUUGGUGAAUAUCCAUGACCCGGGAAUGACUUUUGAGCCCAUCCAUCGGCUUGUGUUCAACAUCGACGUAGACAAAGCAUUGAAGGAUUUGCAAGCAGACGUCGAGAAACGUGGCUGGGGACCGUUGCAGAUGUUGACUGGUACUUUGGCGACGCUGAGGAAUAAAGAAAAGGGUGUUCACUACGUGGAGUUUCGUAGCCAAAAGCGCAGCGGCGUGUUGGCCAUUGCCCACAGCCCCCUCGUUUUGGAGGUGGCCACCCUCACCGCCUGGCUGGACCCAUACCUAGCAGGCCAUCCAAGCAUGUCGGUGGACUAUGUGCAUGGCGAGGAAGUCAUAGCAGAGAAAACAGCUGAAGCGGCAUCAAACCUAGCUUUCCUGUUUCCCAUCAUGGACAAGAAUGACUUGGUGAAGACAGUUGUGAAGGAGGGCGUGCUUCCCCGCAAAACAUUCUCCAUGGGAGCAGCAGACGAAAAGCGUUUCUACUUUGAAUGCCAACGCAUCGUUCCAGAGUUCACCUUUUUCAAAUCCGAUUUCUUCCGGCGUGGAAGCGUCUCAGUUCCACUCAGUGAGCGAUGAGGGGGGAUGAGUUGGAGUGUGGAAGCCAGGAUCAAGAAGUUCCUUAGCCUCUUCUUGAGGUGUUCGAACAUGUCUUGUAGCUAACCAGAUUGGGCUUUCCCAAGUGCCCCGUCGUGCGUUGGCCAAUGACUUACCUCGGACGACCUCGCACGUUGCUGCCACCUUUUGAGCCGGGCAGCCACACGAGUCGACAGUCUCCAGGCAUUUGGCCUGAGAUUUGUUUGGCUCGAUCUACUUCUGGCACAGGUGCUAGUACUUAUAAAUGAUCA